GCGCGCGCGGGCAGCGCGUCAGGCUCUCGUGGUGGCCGCCGUCCUUGGACGAGGCGCGAUCUUAACCGUUGCUGCGGACGCUUGGGUGCAUCGCGACGCGCGGAAGCGCGGGAGCUGCGCUUUCUGGCGCGGCCGGGCAUUCCAAUUGCAAAAGAAGGAGCAGGAGAAGAAACUUGUGAGGACUGCACGCAGAACUGGAAGAACUGUUCGGAGGACGGCUCGCAGGUCCCACGCGCUUCGCGCCCGAGUUUCAGAGCUCCUUCCCUUCCCCUGAGAGGAGAAUGCUGUUCUCAUCGCCCAGGACACAAGUAACUGGACGGGAGCUGCAGAGUUUUUAUUUUGGAUUCAGUUUCCCUGCUCGCUCUCUAACUGGAUUUUCUUCUGCAAGAGGAUUAUAAAAAGAUUGGAGAAGGUGUUUUUAUUUUUUUUCUUGUUAUUGGUGGUGGAGAGGGUCUAGGGAAGUGAAGGUGGCUGUUUUUUCCCCUCCUUCUUGGUCCAGAGUCCAGUGACUUGGCAUUUCUUCCCUGAAGUCACUGCCUGCUGAGAAAAGGGAGAAAUAGCCUAACAGAUGAGCCUGUAGGACCAUGGAUUCCUUCCCUCCACAGUUCUUGUAUGUGACUGCUUGUAGAGGAGGUUUUUGCACAUACAAGCAUCAGAUGAAGAGCAUCCUGGGCUGGAUUUAAAAGACACUAACUGCUUGUGCCCUGAUGAAGGGAUAAAUUCUGUUUGAACUGUGAUUGAAGGACGAGAGGAGCUUGUUCCUGUUUUCAAAUUUGGUCAAAGAAAGAAAAACCCCGAUCCACUAAAAUACUCUGCCACCCAAAACCUGUGCAUUCUACAACUAAAAUUGGAAAAUGUCUUGGAAGAGAAAUUAUUUUUCUGUCGGUCGGGGCAACGUGCARGGGAUGUUUACGCCACGAAACACAACCUCAAUAGCCCCCAGCAAAGGUCUCAGCAAUGAACCAGGACAGAACAGCUGCUUCCUGAACAGCGCGUUGCAGGUUCUCUGGCACCUGGACAUCUUCCGCCGCAGUUUCCGACAGAUCACAACACACAAAUGCAUGGGUGAUUCUUGCAUCUUCUGUGCUCUCAAGGGUAUUUUCAACCAGUUUCAAUGUAGCAGUGAAAAGGUGUUGCCUUCCGAUGCCCUACGCACUGCUCUUGCCAAAACAUUUCAGGAUGAGCAACGCUUCCAACUGGGCAUCAUGGAUGAUGCUGCUGAGUGUUUUGAAAACCUGUUAAUGAGAAUUCACUUCCACAUUGCAGAUGAGACCAAGGAAGAUAUUUGCACUGCACCACACUGUGUUUCCCAUCAGAAGUUUGCAAUGACCUUGUUUGAACAGUGUGUUUGCACUAGCUGUGGUGCCACCUCUGACCCACUGCCUUUCAUCCAGAUGGUACAUUACAUCUCUACAACCUCACUUUGCAAUCAAGCUAUAUGCAUGCUGGAGAGACGUGAGAAACCCACUCCAGAUAUGUUUGGUGAGCUGUUACAGAAUGCCAGCACUAUGGGAGACUUGCGAAACUGCCCGAGCAACUGUGGGGAAAAGAUCCGGAUUCGUCGCGUGCUGAUGAACGCCCCGCAGAUCAUCACCAUAGGCUUGGUUUGGGACUCGGACCACUCUGAUCUUGCUGAGGAUGUUAUUCACAGCCUGGGCACUUGCCUUAAACUAGGAGAUCUUUUUUUCAGAGUAACUGAUGACAGAGCAAAACAUUCAGAGCUGUAUUUGGUGGGAAUGAUCUGUUACUAUGGAAAGCAUUACUCUACCUUCUUCUUCCAAACUAAAAUCCGCAAGUGGAUGUACUUUGAUGAUGCUCAUGUCAAAGAGAUUGGUCCAAAAUGGAAAGAUGUUGUGACAAAGUGCAUUAAGGGCCAUUAUCAGCCUUUGCUGCUGCUGUAUGCAGAUCCAAGAGGAACUCCAGUGUCAAUGCAGGACUUGCCCCCUCAAGUGGAUUUUCAGCCAUAUAGCAGGAUCUGCUACGAUAGUGAAGACUCGGGGAGAGAACCUUCCAUCUCCAGUGACACCAGGACAGAUUCCUCUACAGACAGCUAUCCUAAUAAACAGGCACACCACGAGUCUGUGGUCAGUCACUUCUCUUCUGACUCGCAGGGGACGGUCAUCUACAACGUGGAGAACGAUGCAGCUUCACAGAGCAGCAGGGACACAGGACACCUGACUGACAGUGAGUGUAAUCAGAGGCAUAUUUCCAAAAAGGGCUCUCUGGCAGACCGCAAAAGGAGUUCUAGCCGGUCUCGACGAAAAGGGGAUGAGGCACAGUCGUCGGGAUACCACAGCGAAGGAGAAACCUUGAAGGAGAAACAAGCCCCCAGAACUGCCCCUAAACCAUCCAGCAGCACCAGCAGACUGAGGGAAUUUAAAGAAACAGUGAGCAAUAUGAUCCACAGCAGACCACAGCAGCUUUCUCAAACCAACCAGAAUUCUCCUCGUGGAGGGAGCGGUAUAGAUCAGACCGAGCCACGACCCUCAAARAGCCUUUCUGCACAUUCUCAAGAUUGGGAAAUGGAGAGUACCAGCAGUGAAUCUAAAUCUAGCUCAUCUAGCAAGUACCGGCCAACCUGGAGACCCAAAAGGGAGUCUCUGAACAUAGACAGCAUCUUCAGUAAGGACAAGAGAAAACAUUGUGGCUACACCCAGCUUAGCCCCUUCUCUGAAGAUGCAGGUAAAGAGUUUAUGGCAAACGAGGUGAAGGAGCGUGCUAUUCAAGAGCCAAGAUCAAGCCAGUCAAACGCCAGAUACAAGCGGGGUGUCCUCGGCCGGGGCACGCAGCACGCCGGGGAUCAGCGUCCUCAUCUCAUACAGAGGAUGGAGUCCGGCUAUGAGAGCAGUGAACGCAACAGCAACAGCCCAGUUAGUCUGGACAUGCCCUUGUCCGAAACCUCCAGCACCCACAGGGAUGUCCAUAUGAAGCGAACUGGUGGAUUGGUUCCUGCCUGGCGUAACAUCCCCAAGUCUCACAGUAGCAGCAUCUUGGAAGUGGAGUCUGCUUCAUCAACUGGGAGUUGGGCAAACAGCCAGCACCCCAUUGGAAAUGGUGGUGAGAUGCUUGCCCCAUUGAAGAGUGAACUGGAUGAAUUACAAGAGGAGGUGGCAAGGAGAGCCCAGGAGCAAGAACUGCGGCGGAAAAGAGAGAAGGAAAUGGAGGCGGCCAUGGGCUUUAAUCCUCGCCCCAGCAGGUUCAUGGAUCUAGAUGAGCUACAGAAUCAGGGGAGGAGUGAUGGCUUUGAGAAGUCCAUGCAGGAGGCAGACUCGAUCUUUGAAGAGUCGCUGAAUCAGGAGCAGAAGGGGGAUUGUGCUGCAGCUUUGGCUCUCUGUAAUGAAGCUAUAUCUAAACUAAGACUUGCCAUGCAUGAUGCCAGCGCUAGCACUCACAGCAGAGCCCUAGUCGAUAAGAAGCUGCAAAUCAGUAUCCGAAAAGCCAGGAGCCUCCAGGAUCGCAUGCAGCACCAACAGCCAUCGCAGCCGCUGCCGCCGCCAACCUGCCACCCACCACAGGGUGGCACCAUGGCCCAGUCUACAAGUGAACAGACUGGCCCGCUCCAAGUACUGCUGAGCCAGGAGGUACCACUGGAACCCAACAAAGAAGUGGAAUUUGGGUCCAGUUCUUUCUUCCACCCACCUGCUUCCGGCCAUGAAUUGCACUCAUCAUUAUAUCCAGAGUCUUCCUCCUUGCCCCCUUCUGAAAGCAAUCCAUCCAACAGGACCUCUCCAAACUUCCAGUCUGCUUCUGCUGAUUUUCAUGACCAAGUUCCCUCUUUUCCCUAUAGGCAAGGGUUGGCAGAGAGAUCUGCAAGAACUGAGCAUGAUGCCCACCUUAGCGUGGAAUUUGUUGAGACCACAGCCACAGGGCCAACAGACUAUAGGGAAUGCUGCAGCAGCAGCAAGUUAGAAGAGGUUCAUAACAUAACAGCUAUUCUCACACCUCAGUACACAACCAAGGCUAACACAGUAAACUCUGGGUCUUUGCCUACACUGUUUCCUUGUCCACAUCCACCACAAGCAGCAUCUCCUGAAAAAGAUGGCCAGCACAGUCCUUGUUCCAAACUUGCCAGCUCUCCAGUACGGGCCAGCAUUGAUCACUUAGGGGACUAUCAUGCAAUGAGCCCUGCAGCUUCAUCCCCUUCGCUGCAGUGCUCCCUGGAUCCUUUACAGCAAACAAAUCAGUACUCCAGAGCAAACAGCCAUGAGAUUUUGUCACCCUCACAGCAUGAAUAUGGCACAGCAGAAGGUUGCAAAUCUGAGCCUUUUAGUACCAAGGGACAUGUUCGCUCCUUGGCAGAGCAGUUUCAGAAAAUGCAUAUGGUCUCCCAGAGGAAAGGUACCCAUGAAAAAGGCUGGAUCGCUGCAGUGUGUCAGGAUGAGAAGUCUCCAAAUCUAAUACAAAAAUCUUUCAUCAACCCUACACCCUCUGGUUACAGACAGCUAAACCAUCAAGGCCAAGAGAACAGAAACCAGUCUUCUGAAAAAUUGCACUCAUCUGUGGAUAUUAGGGAUGGGGUAGUUUCUUUGGAGGGUUUUAGUGCCCAGCUUGUUGCUUCUAAGAGUAUUUGUUCUCCCAGUGAAGAGCUGUGUAGAAGAGGUGGACAGAAUAUAGCAGACCCUGCACCCUACCUGGAAAGGCGCUGUCAUGAUGGAGGAACCGAACAGGGGGAUGAUGGAGCUACUAGUAGCGUGGUUGCCUCUAUGCCUGUGGACUGUUGGGUGAAUAACGUUACUAGGUAUUACAGUUCUCAGAAGGAUAUUAAGAAUGCUGAAUGGCUUCCUGUACCUGGGAGGAGUCCAUCCCUUUCUGAGCAGAGAGCAGUUGGAGAUGGCAUGAGCAGGAUCCCAGUACAUCUGCAUCCACAGUGGAAUCAAGACACAGAACAGGAGCUCUCAGAACUGGAAUCCCUCUAUCAGACUAGUCUGCAGGCAUCUCAGGCUGCUAGGCCUCUCUUGGGAAGACAGGACAGUGCUAGGUAUCCAUUUGACCAACCAGCCUCUGUCAACCUACAUGUGAAGAAGCUGCAUGGAGCGGCUGGCAUGGGCCUCUCGAAAACYCCCACAGCAGAGAUCGAGCGCACUCUGUAUGGAGCCAGUGUCUCUUCUGUCUCCCAGGUCAUGUAUACCAGAGAAGGUAAAGAACCAGAAGAGGAGGAGAUGUACAGUGCAGAGAAUUUCCGUCGCAUUGCUCGCAGUCUCAGUGGGACAGUCAUCACAAACAGAGAAGAGACCAUGGUCUCUUCUCACAGUUUUGAAGCACCAAACACAAGGAAAAUGCCAAUGGAAACCAGCCACCGUUCUUCCAGCUCCACUCCCUUUCCUUUCCCCCAUGAUCCUCCUGUGUUUCCCUAUGAUUCCCAGCACAACCCAAACCAGAUGCAACACCUACCCCAUGAUGUUCUGAUGCCCAGCAUGGUGGGCAAGGCACGUAAACCGUCAGGAGAUCAGAAGAACAUCAUCCAGAAACUUUUGGUUGUGCCUGACAGGGGUGAAGCUUUCCAAGGUGAAGACUACCCAGGUGUGGCACUAAGCUACGGGACGCUACCUUGCGCAGCCAAAGGCGCCCUUUCCCCGGGGCAGAAGCCUCCUGCUGAGGCGCGUUCAGGCGGCGGCGCGGUCGGCGUGCCCGGCGGCUGGCGGAGCGCGAGCGGUGCCGCCAGGCGCACGGCCACGCUGCCGGAGAAGCGCGCGGCGCUCGGGGCCGGGCGUCCCGGCCAGCCGUCCAGGAGGCUCCAGGAAGGCCUCGAGUCCUACACUGCUGGCUGCAGGCUGCCGCCCGGCACGGACUACAGCACUUUAAGAACACCACGUGAGCCUUCGUGGGAUCCUCAAGGUUGUCCCGUGCCCCCCUCUUACGCCAAGGCUCCGGGCCCCAGGAGAGUUGACAUGCCCCCCGACGAAGACUGGCGACAGAGCAGCUAUACCCCUCAGCCCRGCAGGAGGCGAGGGCUGCCCCUCCGUGUGGUAGAUGGCGCCUUGUCCUCUGCUGCCGAGGCGCACAGGAACAUGCUGGCCCGAGCAGCAGCAGCUACUGGCACCGUGCAGAAGAACGGCUGGUGAGGUCCCUGCCACCCCUGCACCCUGCUGAAUCCCGCUGUGAACAGACUGUAGCUGCCGCCUAGGUGCAGCGUGUAAGGAGAUGUCCAACUUCUCCAGUCGGUAUCUGUGCCAGUUUUGUCUUAAAAUGUAGCUAUACAGUACGUGGAAACUAAUUGCACUCUGUUUCUUUUUGACACUACUGAACUGCUGUCUGGAGGGGGGAAUCUUAGCUAGACUAGUCCCAGCCUCUCCUAGCAAAAUGAAAAAGUGCUAUAGGAAAGAUAAGCUUAAGGGGCAUUGGUUACGGGUAAGUUCUGUGUGCAUGUUUUGAAGGAGGAUGGCCAAAAGGACAUUUUUAAGGACUCUUUAAUGAAAUGUAGCUUUAGUAAAUUCUUCGUAUACAAAAUUAGUCCUUUUGUUUUCCUCUCCUUCCUGUUCCUUACUCGGGGAACAAACUGACCUACCUUCCAGGUUCCAGUAAACGUACGCUUGCCAGGCUGGCAGUUAGUGAGGCCAACCCAGUGUUCAGUGUGCUGAGAUCUUGGGCACAGAUGCCAGCUCCGGUUGCUGCUGAGGAAGUGGCAGGGAGACACUGUUCAUCAGUAAACCAGAAAUUUCCUCACUUCCGUAAGGCGAACUAACAAUGCUUCAAACAGAAAAGACUGUUAAUGCUGCACGCUUAAUUAUACCAAUGUAAACACAGAAUAAGUUUAACUAUUUUAGUGUCAAACAUACUUGCUUUUGUAAGUAUUUUUCAAAUAAAUCUAUGAAAAUAGU